AUGGCAGCAGACACGACCGCCGCCGCGCUGAGCAUGAAACUCCUCGUCGACCGCAAGGCGCAGCGGGUGCUGUUCGCGGAGGCGAGCAAGGAGGUCGUUGACUUCCUCUUCUCCCUCCUCGCGCUGCCCGUCGCCACGGCCGUGAAGCUGGUGGGGAAGGACGCCAUGGUGGGGUGCGUCGGCAACCUCUACGCGAGCGUCGAGAAGCUCGACGGCACCUACGUCCAGGCCGGCGCCGCCAAGGACGCGCUCCUGUCCCCUACGGUGCUCUUGCCGGCGGGGGGCGCCAGCAGCUCCCUCCUCCGCCUGCCCGAGGCGCCGUCGCCUGGGCAGCCACAGAGAUACUUCAGGUGCAACCGCAGCUGCUCCGACUACGUGACGGACGCGAGCGAUACCAUCUGUCCGAGCUGCUGCAACCAGAUGGGGACGACAUUGAAGUACGUGGCGCCAAGCUCCGGCCAGCAGGCGCAGAACGGCUCCGCCGGGGAAGCGAAAGGGUUCGUGCAGGGCAUCGUGACGUACACGGUGCUGGACGACCUGACGGUGACGCCCAUGUCCACCAUCUGCGGCAUCACCCUGCUCAACGCCUUCGCGGUGCGGGACCUCGGGGAUCUCCAGGAGAAGACCGUGCAGUUCGGCUACAACGAGGGUCUGGCGAUCCUCAAGGCGUCGCUGCAGUCCAAGACUGUCCUCACCGACGUCUUCCUCGGCAACGAGAAAUCCCCUGCCCGCGGCCAUGCUUGAAGCGCGCCGGCGCUGCUCUCUGCGAUUGUGGUUGGUCUUUUGUGAUGCUUCAGCUCUCUGCGAUGUGAGCCGU